AUGGCUGAUAAAGAAGAAGAGCUGCUGACAAAGCUCACCGCUCAUGGUGGAUCUAGCUUUGAGCCUAUCCUACAAGCCUUCCAAGAUGGAGAAUUCAUGGUGCGCGUGCGGGAGUUUGUAUCGCAGCAUUCUCAUUUCUUUACUGCCACUUGCACUGAUGGCUCCCACCCGCUGGUUUGGACACAGUACCAUUUUCAUUACAAGGAACUCUUUGAAAGACAGCUGGCUGAUGUUCUACAAGGCUUUGAUGUUUUGGAAGAUGAUUUUGCAAACUUUUGUGAUUGGCUGAAAGUGAAUGCAGAGAUUUUCGAAGACGAUACGGAGGGCUUGUACCCCUUCCUCUCUUCCAUUACAGCAUCACUAGACUAUGAGACGUUCUUGGGUGUCAUGUUUGAGGAAGUGCGGCGUAGCAAUGGGGGAGUUCAGCAGAUUGACGUGGUCGUUCCUGAUGGGAUGACAGCUGGAGAGGUCUUGCUGGUGGAGUAUUUGGGCGCACACUAUGAACUGAUCAUCCCUGAAGGCUGCGAAGCCGGGAUGGUCUUUCAAACCUCAGUCACGCUUCCCAACUGA